AGUUUCGAAAGAUAUAGUUGUCUUUUUGUUUGCUUUUAGCUUGACGGUUGUAAAGAGAACUUACAUUUGAAAAUUAAAUGUAAACGAUUCAACGGCCACUGAAAGGUCAUAACAGACCUUACAGUUUGGUUACGUGAAUAUUUCGAAUGAACUGAAUCAACAUUUUUCUAAGAACGUUCUGUCAAAAGAUAUUCUCCUAUAUCUUCGUUUUAUAAGAUUUUAAAAUAAUGGAACAAGAUACAGAAUAUAUUAAACUACCAUUAGAGGAAAGAUGCGUGCAUAAGUUAUGGCGAGCACGUUUGCAUGGAUAUAAAGAAUGUGUAAAUACAUUCCAAUGUAUUGAUGAUGAAAAGUCUCCAGAGUGGAACAAAUUUUUAGGAUAUAUCAAAAAGUUUGUGAUAGAUAGCAAUGCAGCUGCUCAAGAAAAAGGAUUAGAAGCAGCAUUAGCUUUCAUUGAAAAUGCUGCAGUAGCAGGAAAAACUGUGGGGGAAGUUAUGAAUGGAAUAGUUACUAAAUGUAUUGCUGCUCCUAAAGUCAAAACAAAAGAAUUGGCAGUACAAAUAACACUGAUGUAUAUAGAAAUUGAAAAACAUGAAGCUGUACAAGAAGAAUUACUAAAAGGAACAGAAGCAAAGAAUCCAAAAAUUGUAGCUGCAUGUAUUUCAACUUUAACAUUGGCUUUAAGGCAAUUUGGACCAAAAGUGAUUAAUAUAAAGCCUUUAAUAAAGAAAAUACCUGGUUUUCUUGAAGAUAGAGAUAAAACUGUUAGGGAAGAAGGAAAAUUCAUGGUUGUUGAAAUUUAUAGAUGGAUAGGUGCUCCUUUAAAGCAACAAUUGAAUACAUUAAAACCAGUGCAAAUUACAGAAUUGGAAGCAGAAUUUAAUAAUUUAAAAGAAGAAAAAGUUGUACCUAUUCGAUUUUUAAAAUCGCAAAAACCAAAAGCAAUAUGUAUUACAGAUUCAACAAGUGAUAUCGGUGAAGAAGGCAAAGAUGAUGGUGAUGGUGGUUGUGUUCCGGAAAUUGAUCCUUAUGAAUUGUUAGAACCUAUUGAUAUACUUUCUAAACUUCCAAAAGAUUUUUAUGAAAAACUUGAAGCUAAAAAAUGGCAAGAACGAAAAGAAGCUUUAGAAGUUUUAGAUGCUUUGGUAAAACAUCCUAAAUUGGAAAAUGGUGAUUAUGGAGAUUUAGUAAGAGCUUUGAAAAAAAUUAUAUCCAAAGAUACUAAUGUAUUAGUAGUUGCAUUGGCUGGAAAAUGUUUGGCAGGAUUAGCAGCUGGUCUUAAGAAACGAUUUCAACCUUAUGCAAUAGCUUGUCUUUCAUCAAUUUUGGAAAAAUUUCGUGAAAAGAAGCAAAAUGUUGUACAAGCACUCAGAGAAGCUGCUGAUGCUAUUUUUCUUAGUGUUUCUAUUGAUGUUAUAUUAGAAGAUACACUUGCGGCAUUGGAAAACAAAAAUCCUGCGGUAAAAGCCGAAACUGCUAUUUAUUUAGCAAGAUGUUUCUCUCGCACACCACCACCAACUUUAAAUAAAAAAUUAUUAAAAGCUUAUACUGCUGUACUCUUAAAAACUUUAAAUGAACCAGAUCCAACUGUACGAGAUAGUUCUGCAGAGGCCCUUGGUACAGCCAUGAAAUUAAUUGGUGAAAAAUCUAUGAUGCCAUUUCUUACGGAUAUAGAUAAUUUAAAAAUGACUAAGAUAAAAGAAUGUGCAGAAAAAGCUGUAAUACACGUUAAAAUUCCUAAUACAUCAAAAGUGAGCACAGAAAGACCAAAUACUGCACCAAAUAAAAUUGAAUCGAUAGAAAAAAUUAAAGAAUCAGAAUCAAAAACUACAAAAAAACUUAAUAAUAAUACAAUUAAAAAACUUCCUUCUAAAAAACCAUCUACUUCGUCUUUAACUAAUUUAGCUAUUUCUAAAAAGUCAUCUGCUACUAAAAUUCAAAUAGAAAAAAAUUAUAGUGCUGAAGAGAUAGAAGAACUAGCUCUUCAAUUACUACCAGGUGAUAUUCUUACUGGACUUAUUGAUAGUAAUUGGAAAGCUCGAUUAGCUGCAGUUGAACAACUAUUAGAGUUUGUAAAACAAAUAGAUUCAACGGAAAUACCUAUACAAGUUAUUGUACGAACUUUAGCAAAAAAACCAGGUUUUAAAGAUACAAAUUUUCAAGUUUUAAAAUUACGACUAGAAAUAGUAAAGUUUUUGGCAGAAAAUUUUCCAUUUUCAACUACUAUUUGUGAAUAUUGUAUUAUGGAUAUAACUGAAAAAUUAGGAGAUGCAAAAAACAGUGCAGUUGCUGGUGAAACUCUUUUAACUAUAGCAGAAGCAACAAGUUUAGAAUAUGUAGCACAUGAAGUAAUAACAUUUGCUUUUAAUCAAAAGAAUCCUAAAGUUCAACAAGAAACAUUAGCAUUGUUAUGUCGAGGUCUCAUAGAAUUUGGUUGUGUUAUCAAUGUUAAAUCUUUAAUGGAAAAUAUAAAAAAAGCAGUUGCAGCAACAAAUCCUGGUGUUCGAACUUCAGCAAUUACAUUAUUAGGUAUAUUAUAUUUAUUUAUGGGCAAACCAUUACUCAUAUUUUUUGAAAAUGAAAAACCAGUUUUGCGUCAACAAAUUGAACAAGAAUGUGAAAAGCAUAAUGGUGAGACACCACCUAUACCAAUUCGUGGAAUAAAGAACAAAAAAGAUAAAAUAAGCGAUGAUGAUGAUGAUAUAGAAAUUGAUAAAAAAUCUAGUAGUAACAGUGAAAUUGAUAUUAAUAAUCUUAUUCCACGUGUUGAUAUUAGUAAUCAAAUUACAGAAGGACUUCUUAAUGAAUUAUCUGAUAAAAAUUGGAAGAUACGAAAUGAAGGUUUACAAAAAAUAAAUACUAUUAUAUCUGAAGCAAAAUUUAUAAAAAGUUCUAUUGGUGAUUUACCUCAAGGUUUGGCACUACGUUUAGUUGAUAGCAAUAGUAAAAUAGCUCAAUCAACUUUAGGCAUAUGUCAAGCUUUAGCUGUUGCAAUGGGUUCUUCAGCAAAACAACAUAUUCGAGUUCUUUUCCCUGGCUUUGUACAAUGUUUAGGAGAUAAUAAAAAUUGGAUUAGAACUGCAGCUAUUUCUUGCAUAAAUACAUGGGGAGAUCAAUGUGGUUACAAAGAAUUUUUUGAUGGUGAAAUGAUUGGAGAUGCUUUGAAAUCUGGAUCUCCAAUACUUAGAGCUGAAGUUUGGAAUUGGUUAGCACAAAAAUUACCAUUGAUUCCUGUAAAACAAAUAGCAAAAGAAGAACUUCUUGUAUGUCUUCCAUAUUUGUACAAUAAUUUAGAGGAUCGUAAUUCUGAUGUGCGGAAAAAUGCUCAAGAAGCAGUUUUAGGAUUUAUGAUUCAUCUAUCUUAUGAAGUAAUGGCUAGAAAUACAGAAAAGCUAAAACCAGGAUCACGAACUGUAGUACUUGCUGCAUUAGAUAAAUGUCGACCAAAUUUGCCUAUCAAACCUUUGCCGAAAAAACAAGCACCAAAAGAAAAUAAUCAGAAAAUUGUUAAAAGUGCUGGAGCUUUGAAAGCUGCAAAAGCAGUAGUAAAACCUAAACAAAAUCAAUCAAGAUCAAAACCUAGUAGUGCUCGUAAAAAAGAUGAUGAUAUAGAUACUAGUCCUUUAUUGGCUAUUAAUAAUUUAAAACAUCAAAGAUUAAUUGAUGAACAAAAAUUAAAAGUUUUGAAAUGGAACUUUACAACACCGAGGGAAGAAUUUGUUGAACUUUUAAAAGAACUUAUGACUGCUGCAAAUGUGAAUAAAACUUUAUUAGCAAAUAUGUUUCAUUCAGAUUUUCGAUAUCAUCUUAAGGCAAUUGAGGCAUUAACUGAGGAUUUGCCUGAUAAUAGCAAAGCAUUGGUUUCGAAUUUAGAUCUUAUACUUAAAUGGUUGACAUUGAGAUUCUUUGAUACUAAUCCUUCAGUAUUAUUAAAAGGUUUAGAAUAUUUACGAAUGGUAUUUAAUUUAUUAAUAGAAAACCAAUAUCAUAUGUUUGAAAACGAAGCUGCAUCAUUUAUUCCAUAUCUUAUUAUUAAAAUUGGUGAUCCAAAAGAUGCAGUACGUAAUGGAGUACGUGCAUUAUUUAAACAAAUAGCAUUAGUAUAUCCAGUAAGCAAAUUAUUUUCUUAUGUAAUGGAAGGCUUAAAAUCUAAAAAUGCUCGACAAAGAACAGAAUGUUUAGAUCAACUUGGUUCUCUUAUUGAAAAUUAUGGAUUAUCUGUUUGUCAACCAUCUACAUCUGUAGCACUAAAAGAAAUUGCAAAACAAAUAGCAGAUCGUGAUAAUUCUGUUAGAAAUGCUGCUUUAAAUUGUAUUGUUCAAGCAUAUUUUCUUCAAGGAGAACGAAUAUAUAAGCUCAUUGGUCAGAUAUCUGAAAAAGAUCAAUCUUUAUUAGAUGAACGUAUUAAAAGAGCUGCUAAAAAUUAUCCAGCACCUCAUAAAUCGGCUUCUACCAAUAGACUUUCUGCACCUUCAAAUGCAACACCUAUUCCUUCUAAUGAAGACAUUAAAGUAGAAUUUGAAGAAGAAAACGAAGAAGAAAUACUUGAACCUCAGCCUUCUGAACCAUCUCAAUCAAAUGAAUUAAAUUCUCCAACAUCAACACAACCAAAAGUUUCAGGUCCAUUUGGACUUGAUAUGGAUUUUUUACGAAAAAUUGAGUUAAAUGCACCAGUAAAAUAUUGUAAUCCUGUUCUUCAAGAAAUUAAUUUAACAGAUUUAGAUGAAAAUCCCAACACAAUAAAUUUACAUAAAGUACCAGUAAUUCCUCUAUCUCCUCCAAAAUUGUUAGUAUCAAAAUCUGCAUCAAUGGCACAACAGCAAUUGAAUACUACUAAUAUAAGUAAAGAAGACAGUCUCGAACGUAAAAUUCUUGCAAUGGCUAGUUUAGAUUUAGCUGUUGCAAUACAAUCAAUGAAUAGCAUAGAUAAUUUGAUAAAAUCUCACCAAAUUUUGAGUUUGCAAUCAAAAGAAGAUAAAUUUAUUGGCUCAAUAAAUAUGCAAUUAAAACUUUUACAAACUUAUCCUUUACAACAAGGAGGCACAGAUAUACCUAAAGGUUUUAGAAAUACAUUUAUGGUUUUACUAGCGUUUUAUGAUACUGGAAUUUUGGGAAAGAAUGUUCCAUUAAUACAUUUAAAAGAACUUGUGGAUCAAAUGAUCAGUUUUUUAGCAGAGAACAAAUUAAAUCAUUUACAUCAAGCAGAUUCAUAUCUUCGCAUAGUUAAUAUUAUUAUUUGUAAAAUAAUAGAUAACUCAAAUCAUACUACUAUUAUAUGUGUAUUAAUAAAAUUACUUCAUGGAUGUGCUGAAUCAGUUGCUCCAUCCAAAUAUGAAGAAUUAGUAAUGAAGUGUUUAUGGAAAAUAGUAAAAACAAUUCCUAAUUGGGCUGCAGAUUUAGAUUAUGACAGUAUUCUUUUAGAAGUACAUCGAUUCCUUAAGGAUUAUCCAAGUAUAUGGUGGAAAAAACGAAAAUCUGAUACUCCAUUACGUACAAUUAAAACAAUUCUUCAUAGUAUGACUCGCGUAAAAGGCAGUACAAUACUUAGUCACUUAACACGAAUAAAUAAUACAAAUGAAUCAGAAUUGCAUUCCUAUCUUAUCAGACUAAUUACGACAUUUAAACCAGAUGAAAUUAAUAGUAAUCCCAAAUCGAUUGUAAAAUCCAGUAGCACUGGAAAAACUCAAGAACAUUUAUCAAAAUUCACACAUCAGCAGUUAUCUGAAAUAUUUAAAAAGAUUGGAUCAAAAGAACAUACACAAGAAGGUUUAAUGCAGCUUUAUGAUUUUAAACUUCAAUAUCCUGAGGCGGAUGUACAACCUUUUUUGGUAAAAUCGCAUCAAUUUUUCCAAGAUUUUAUAGAACAAGGAUUAAGAGAUAUUGAUCAAGCACGAAAAAAUCAAAAUCUUAUAACACAAACUAAUAAUCAAUACUCUACAGAAAUAGCGGAAUCUACUGGUUCUGAAGAAAAAAGCUUAAUGGAUCCAUUACAUAGGCUCGAAAAAUUUCGAGCAUCUGAAGCACAAUGUAGAACUACUGGUCAGCCAAAUCCAACAUGAAUUAACUUCAUUUAAUAUUAAUUAAGAUUGCAGUGCUUAAAUAACUGGAUUAAGAAACAAUAAUACAUAGAAUACAAUAAUAAGUAAAUAGUACAUAGAUCAUGAAGAAUAAUCAUUGUACCUAAUGUACGUAAUGUUACACUAUCAGUGCAACAUUAUCUGUAGCAUUUCUUGAUUUUCUGAAUAGAUAUACACAUAUAUGUUAUAAUGCUAAUUGCAAGAAUUUUAUGCGUUAAACUAUUAAAAUAAUUGCGAACAUGUUAUAAUACUCGUAUUUCUCAAUAUUUGAAAAUGACAAUUAUUUUACAGCUGAUUUAUAUAUUUCGUUACUUCUUUUAAAAUAAAUCUACUCAUCAAUAUAUAUCGUUAAUUCUAUA